AUGUGGAGCAAGUUUCUGCCAGAAGACAAGACUCAACAGCGAGAGAGCCUGGCGCAGACCAGCUAUGCCUGUCAUGUGGAUCAGAAGACCACCCAGCUGGCUCAGCUGACAAAGCUCGACAUCGGCCUAGGAGCUCCCUUCAACGUCUUCGGGAGCCGGAGAUCGAACGCAUGGCAGAUGAGCCACAGCAAGGCUGACCCCACCGACUCGGUUAUGCUUGGGACGCAGUUCAAUCAGGUGGUGUGA